UUUUGAAACCUGAAUUCAUUCGUUGCGCGGCAUUCAAAGUGUAAGGUUGUGUCUUCCGUGAGUCUCUCGACUGAAAUUUCUGACCGAUCGGGCCAAUACCCAGACAGUGAGAGAGAACGUAGUUUAAAAACCAGCUUAGAGCGGGCCGACAAGUGUGACUUGCAGUCAGCAUCCGCGUCCAUUGUCGUGGUAGAGAAAGAAACGACGCUAUCUGUGUACUCCGCCGUCGUCGACGUUUUUGGAGACGUCUUUGGGGCCCUCUCUCACACAUUUUUUUGUGAUUUUGGAGCCAGGUUGCUAUCUCCCAAGUCUUCUCGAGAAGAAUUGUGUGGCGCGCUUGUUAUUCGUGCUCUUGUCUCUCGGCUCUCCACUCCACUUUUUGCUGGGUGUGGUGCUAGAAACGAAACUCAAAUAAAUUAAUUGCACAAGAUGUGGCGCCCGAGUAUCUUAAAGUGUGUCUGGAGCACGCUGCUCCUGGCCCUCGCCUGCCACCAGGCCAGUGGCCAGCGUACGCCCACCAUUUCCUACAUCACACAGGAGCAGAUCAAGGACAUUGGCGGCACCGUGGAGUUCGACUGUUCCGUUCAGUAUGCCAAAGAGUACAAUGUGCUCUUCCUGAAGACUGACAGCGAUCCCGUCUUCCUCUCCACUGGCUCCACGCUGGUGAUCAAGGACUCCCGUUUCUCCCUCCGCUACGAUCCCAGCUCCUCCACCUACAAGCUGCAGAUCAAGGACAUCCAGGAGACCGAUGCUGGCACCUAUACCUGCCAGGUCGUCAUCUCCGUCGUCCACAAAGUCAGCGCCGAUGUGAAGCUCUCGGUGAGGCGUCCGCCCGUCAUCUCCGACAACUCCACUCAGUCGAUCGUGGCCAGCGAGGGAACCGAAGUCCAGAUGGAGUGCUAUGCCAGUGGCUAUCCCACACCGACCAUCACAUGGCGGCGGGAGAACAAUGCCAUCCUGCCAACGGAUAGCGCCACCUAUGUUGGAAACAUCCUGCGCAUCAAGUCAGUAAAGAAGGAGGACCGCGGCACCUACUACUGCGUGGCGGACAAUGGAGUCAGCAAGGGCGACCGGCGCAACAUCAACGUGGAGGUGGAGUUCGCUCCAGUGAUCACUGUGCCAAGGCCCCGAUUGGGACAGGCUCUGCAGUACGACAUGGAUCUGGAGUGCCACAUCGAGGCGUACCCGCCACCGGCCAUCGUCUGGACCAAGGACGACAUCCAGCUGGCCAACAACCAGCACUACAGCAUCUCCCACUUCGCCACCGCCGACGAGUACACCGACUCGACGCUGCGUGUGAUCACCAUCGAGAAGCGCCAGUACGGAGAUUAUGUGUGCAAGGCCACCAACCGAUUCGGAGAGGCUGAGGCGCGAGUGAAUCUGUUCGAGACCAUCAUUCCUGUAUGCCCACCGGCUUGCGGUCAGGCGUACUAUGCCGGCGCUGAGGAGGUGGCCGCCACCUCGUUCGCCCUGGUGGGCAUCCUUCUGGCCAUGCUCUUCACCAGAUAAGCCAAUCCUCCGACUCUAACUCCAACUCCAACUCCGACUCUGACCAAGAGCUCCAUGAUUCCAAUCCAUUACUCAGUCCCCGAAUGCAUCAUAAUACCUACGACUAAAUACAAUCAUACAUACAUGAAUCUAGAGUCUAGACAUAUAGACAGCAAUAGUCUCAAAGGAUCCAUCCCCCCAUUACCCCAGUUCUAAUUUCAAUCUGUUGCCUAUAGCCUUGUUUUGUAGUUUGAGUUUUCGUUUCGCCCUGUCCAAUUUUCGUACGUCCAAUAUUAUGUAUUAAGUUAAGUAUGCUAAGUGAAGGGCCGACGACUAGAUGAGCGAGCAAUCGAUUUAAUUUAUUAGCACCUUAGAGAGCCAAAACGAAAUACGAAAAACCGAUACGAAGUCCGACACUGUAAAUGUUUUUAAAUACUAUACUUUAAUCAACACAAGAUACAUCACAACAUUCCGCUUUUGUAUGGAAAUAUUUUAUUUUUAUUUAAUAAACAAUAAAGUAUUUUCGUUAUCUAACUCUGACACUCUGACAACUCGACUAAUUCCCCAUUACCCUACUCCUAAAGACUAACUGAACCACUUGCAUCAAAUCGAGGCAAAGAUCCAAAUUGGAAAAUAUGCAACAAUGUUGUGUAAAUCUCUAGCUUUUAAGCAUUUUCGAAUAACCAGAAAUUUUUUACCCAAAUUUUUGUGUGGGUGUGAAUAAAAAUCAAUUUCGACUUUGUAAUAAAAAAUAAAAAAAAAUACAUAAAAUAGACAAAAAAAAAUAAAUAAAAAUACAUUUAAAAAACAA